AUGGAAUUUCAUCACGUAUAUCAAUUGCCUUUAGAAAAAUUUAUCUUUGAUAGUGAAAAGAUGGGGUUAACAUUGGUUUGGAAGCAUGACGCUUCAUCUGAAUCAUCAUCAUAUGAUAAUCUUCAGGCCCUUGAAAAAUUAAGAAUUGCUCGAACUUCACAUGAAGACCUUUUAAAAGAUGAUUCAACGGAAUUUCCAUAA